AUGAAAUUGAAUAUGAAUAGUAAAUGGGAACCUGGUUAUCAUCCAUUUCCAGAAAUGAAUCGAUUUCUUAAUUCAUAUUCACGUAUUCAUCAUCAAUCAGUAAGGAAAUUAUCGUAUACUCGAUCAAAUUAUUCUUUUCUUGGAUAUAUUUGCAGUGUUUCGGAUAACAAUGCACGUAUUGAAGAAAUUUUAUUAAUUUUUGGUGAUAAAUAUCGUUCAUUAAUUAAUACAAUAAUUGAAGAAGAAUGUCCGAAAUAUUAUCAUGAUAAAAGAAUGAUGAUGAAUAACAAACGAAAUAAUAGACCUUCGAUGUUAUAUAAUCCUCGUCGAUGGGAAAAUAGUGAUCGAUGA